UACAUACGGAAACUAACGGGAUGUAAUCCUCUGGCCCAAAGUUUGUAUCAGUUAUUUUGCAAGAACGAAAUCAUAUCCAGGACUCAAAAGAUCGCAGUGGUCGAAGGCUUGUACACGCUCUUCAGAGAGCUUUUGCCAAAACUUGAAAAAGAACGGGGGGAAAAGAUCAUUGAGGACCUUGAUGUCUUUGAGUAUUCGACACACUGCUGGGCAUACCUCAUGUCAGAGGCAGAGGAAGAGACAUCAGAUCAUGAGAACUACGCACCAUGUUCUCUGAUGUCUGAAGAAGGCAGCCAUUUCCGCGAACCAGUCAAAGUUCCUGGAAUACCAGGUGCCUUGGAAAGAGCAGUUGUGCUGCAGAAAAUCAAAGAUGGAGAAAAGAUUCCAAACUGCACUGAAGAGGUUUUGAAAGAAACAUCACUCAGGAGAGACACUAACACUGAGAAAAUUUUGCUCAGUGUUCAUCCUUCAAUUUCAACGUAUCAUCUUUGGAUUUCUCAUGACAGUGUGACUGGCAAGAACUUUCACAUAAGUACUGGGAAGACUAUUGGAAACAUGGCAGAGCAGCUAGAAGCGUUCCCUCUACUCAAAAUAUCUCCACCACUACGUUUGAAGGAUCUAGGAGUUCAAGACCCAUGUCUUGUUUUGCUGAAAGAAGACAAUGUUGGUGUUUAUCUGAAUAAAAGCAAGCUAAUGCCUGAAAUGAUUCAGGUGUAUAAUUGUCUGACUGGCAAGACUGAAAAUGUGGAUGUGAACAAGUUGGCAGCACAAACUGGUGACCAUAGGGAUGAUCAUUCAUUUGUCACAACCAGGACUCCAAAAGAAGCCAUACUGGUGCUGAUAGACACAAGCUCAUCCAUGGCUGAAAAGUGUUACGGGAGUGUGGAAAUACAGAAAAUCCAUGCUGUAAAAGAACUUUUUGAAAACUUUGCAACACGGAGCAUGGCUUAUGAUUUCCAUCAUGUCAUUGGCCUUGUGAAGUUUGACUCUACAGUGACAAUGCUCCACACAUUUACAGAGACGCUCGAAAAGUUUAAGGAACACGUGCACACUCUUGAGGCCAAUGGACAAACCAAGCUGUAUGAUGCCCUAAAACAUGGAACGCUUGAGCUGGAAAAAGUGAAGAGGGAGUUUCCAGACUGUAGACUUCGCAUUCUGUGUCUCACAGAUGGACAUGAUGUUGGAUCCACAAACAAGCCAGUGCCUGUUGCAGCCUCCCUGAUAAAAUCUAACAUCAUUUUGGAUUCGAUUAUUCUUGGAAAUGUCCAAAACAAUUGUCUCCAUGGAAUCAGCAUUGCAACAGGGGGUUGCUGUUUCAAUCCAAAGACAAGCAAAGAUGGUCUCAAGCUUUUUGAGAUAGAGACUGUUCUUUCUUUGGAGAUGAGGAAACCUAAGAACAAAGCUGACCCAUCCUCCAUCACUGAACGUCUUUUAACAGGGUUCUUUGCUACACAUGGGUACGAUGAAUUUCCAGAGGCUACCUUACCAAGCCAGAUGUGCAGUAAAGUGACAGUGACAGAAAGUGUGCUGAAAAAGAAGAUCCUGGAGGCCAAAGAUGGACGUUUCAUGGAAAAGGACAGACGUAUCAUGGAGGAGCUGAAGAGCCUCCAUUGUCACCCACAUCCCUACUUUACUGUCUUUCCAUCUGAAUCUGACUUCACAUUCUGGAAGAUUCUCAUGGAAGGACCUCCUGACACGCCUUAUGAGAAAGGAGUGUUUGAGCUGUUUUGCCAGUUUGGUUCUGACUACCCGGUGAAGCCUCCAACUGUUCGCUUUGUCACACGCAUCUACCACUGCAAUAUCAACAGUGUGGGGCGCAUCUGCCACAACAUAUUUGACCGGAACUACAAUUCCCUAAUCACCAUGAGAGAUAUCCUUGAUGCUGUGUAUGGACUGCUGAUUGUCCCUGAGCCUCAAGAUCCAUUGGACAGCAUUCUGGCUGAGGAAUUCAUGACCAGCCAAAAGGUUUAUGAAGAACAGGCCAAAAAACACACUGAGGAAACUGCUGCGCAAUCACUGGAUGAUAUGGAGAAGAAAUUGGUGGAGCCUGGGACUCGGUUUGUACCCAACCAUCUCAUCUGCCCACUCACCAAGAAGAUAUUUGUUGAUCCUGUGAAAACAAGACAUGGAACAGUGUAUGAACGGAAGGCCAUUGAGAAACACCUCAAAAAGUAA